UUAGGAGAAUGAAUGGAAGCAGAAGCAGCAACAAGGUCGACGUGAGCUUGUCACCCAACGCCGUACUGCCUGAGUUCGUGAAGAAGUCGAGCAAGGAGAGCUCGCUGCUCACCAAAUGCAUUCGAGAUGUGUUGGAGUUCGCGGAGGAGGACACCGACAGGGUGACCUUCGCGCUGAAGGUUGGUCUCGCCAUGCUUCUCGUCUCCCUGCUCGGACUAAUCCAGCGGCCCUUCGAGGUCUUUGGCACCAACAUCCUCUGGUCCAUCCUUACCGUCGGCAUCAUGUUCGAAUACACUGUAGGUGCAACCUUGUACCGGGGAUUCAACCGAGCCGUCGGAAGCUUGUUCGCCGGCAUCUUCGCAAUCUUGGUCAUCGGGAUAUCCACGAGCAGCGGCCGUUUUGUCGAGCCAUUUGUUGUUGGCUUCAGCAUCUUCCUCGUAGGAGCUGCGACUUCCUUCGUGAAGCUGUGGCCUUCAUGUGUCCCCUACGAGUAUGGCUUUAGAGUCAUCCUCUUCACUUACUGCCUCAUUGUAGUCUCCACCUAUCGCAUGAGCAACCCGAUGAGGACCGCCAUGGAGCGCCUGUACUCGAUCGCGAUCGGAGCGGCGGUCACCGUCGGCGUCAAUCUACUCGUCUUCCCCAUAUGGGCCGGCGAGCAGCUGCACGAGGAGCUUGUUAACAGCUUCUAUUGUGUCGCCGAGUCGCUCGAAGAAUGUGCGAGGAAGUACUUGAGCGGCGAUGGCUUAGAGCACACGGAGUUCUGCAAGAGGGUGGUCAUCGAUGAAUUCCCUGACGACCCUGCGUGCCAUAGAUGCAGAGCGAUACUGAACUCAUCCGCGAGGAUCGAGUCUUUGGCGAAUUCGGCGAAGUGGGAGCCGCCGCACGGCAGGUUCAGGCACUACUACGGUGCUUGGUCGGAGUACGUCAAGGUCGGAGCCGUGCUCCGGCACUGUGCCUACGAAGUGAUGGCGCUCUACGGCUGUUUGCGUUCGGAGAUACAGGCACCGAUCGAGCUUCGAGUCACAUUCCAAACAGAGAUCCUUGAGGCAACAGUCGAAGCAGCAGAGCUGCUCCGCGGCUUGGCGAAUGAUCUCGGCAACAUGAAGCAUAGCGUUCGAGUGAGCCAACUCAUGCGUGUUCGUGUCUCCACCGAUCGUCUUCAGCGAUCCGUGGACCUGCACUCUUACCUCCUCAACUCACAUGGUUUCCCUCACAAGCCGACCGGUAAAGAUUGUUCUCAUGGAUCUGGAUCUGAUCCAUCCAGCAAACUACACCGCGAGGCUGAACGCAGUCCGGCGACUGCACAACCGCAGACCCGGACUUAUCAUGAGACCAUGAAAAAGCAGCAGAGGAGGCUGUACUCGUGGCCAUCGAGGGAGGUGGAUGAGCUGGAAGAAGAAGACGGAGGAGGUGACAGGGCCGAGCUGAUCACCAGGAUGCGUGCGUUGGAGAGCACUGCAGCUCUCUCGCUUGCCACCUUCGCCUUGCUGCUCAUCGAGUUCGUCGCUCGCCUCGAUCACCUGGUCGAUGUAGUCGAGCAACUCGCUGCAACUGCAAAGUUCAAGCAACAGGCGGGCUUAGAACGUACAAAAUAACAUUAAAAGAAAAAAGGAAAAGGCUAUGAUCAUUAAGCAAAAUCCAACAUCUUGCUGUUGACCAUAAGCGGAUGCAACUUAUUCUUAUGCAUCGAGAUCGUUGAUCCAAAACAAUUAAAAGUCCAAACCAAUGAUAAUACACCUAAUGAAUGCUAUAAACCACCUCAGUUGACUUUUAUCAGACUGGAAUUUGGGAUACAUUCAUGCAAGGCAUGGGUUACAAAGUUCGGAUUUGGACUACAGAGGACCCUCUGCUCCUACCCGUUCCUGUCGGAACCGUCUCACGGCGCUCCGGUGCUGGGUCCCCUUGUGGGACCAAAUCUGCGUGCUCUGAUCACAGGUCAGGUAGUUUGUCGUAACGGGUCGCCUGGAGGGCAUCGCUCCAUGUUUCGUACACGCGAUCGCAUUAGCAGGAGAUCAAAGACAAAUCUCGGGCGCGGGCGCGGCGAUCUCCCCAACGAAGAAGGGCUCUGCUCGAAUGUGGUGGUAAUUUUGGGAGGUGGAAGCCAUGGCGCAGGUGUGGCGACGCGAUCCAUCCAAGUCUCUGUCGCCUUUCGCCAUCGGGCUCCGGAUCCGGGGACGCGAGGAGCCAUCUCCACGAGCUCAGGCCUUCGACGCUACCCCCGAGGUUCUUCCCCCAGGAAAAGUAGCAGAGGAUCGAGAUAAGCAGCUGUUGCCGUGGCAAGGCCGCUCGCUCGUUCCGAUGCCGGUGUUCUUCCUGUCUUCCCGGAUGACAUAUUAAAGAUGUUCACCUAUCGGAUUCCAACCUCUCAACUGUCUUUUCCGUUUUUUCCUCUUUCCCUUUUCCUUUUAUUUCAUGUCGAAGAUUGCUCGUCUCCAGUGCAUUAUGUGCUUGCCAUUUCUUUCAUUUCAGUGGGCUUUUAAUCAUUAUAAUCUUGUUAAAGAUUAUUACAAAUUGAAGACGAUUAAUUGGUUGCAGGAAGAAGGGUAUUCAGCAAUUUGGGGAAGUUCCCAAGGGAUUGUGGUCUAAGCCGAACUAAGAUAGUCUGCACCAUCAUCGGCCCAUCGACCAACACAAAGGACAUGAUAUGGAAGCUAGCUGAGGCUGGCAUGAAUGUUGCUCGGUCGAACAUGUCGCAUGGAGACCAUGCAUCUCAUCAAAAGUCAUCGAUCUCAUGCUUGACACCAAGGGGCCUGAGGUUAGGAGUGGUGACUCACCACAGCUGAUUACCUUAACAAGUAGACGAGAAUUCACUUUUGAGAUAAAAGGAGGAGUUGGCUCAGAGACGUGUGUUAGUGUCAGCUAUGAUGACUUCGUUAAUGAUGUACAAGUUGGUGGCAUGCUUCUUGUAGAUGGCAAGUAAAAAUGUCUGGAGGAAUGAUGUCUCUAUUGGUUAUGUCAAAAACUGAGGAUUCUGUCACGUGUGAAGUCGUUGAUGGGAUAGUCCAGGAGGCAUCUGAUUGUUAGAGGAAAGAGUGCAACCUUGCCAUCCAUCACAG